UCGCGAUGGCGUCGCGGUGUUGCACGCGCGCGCGCACCCUGCACAACCACGCGCGAGGAUAUGCGCACGGUGCUCAGCUCGGCGGGGGAGGCCAGUACGAGCGCGUGGCGGACGCGUUCCGGGACAGGUCCGUGCUGGUCACCGGCGGCACCGGCUUCCUGGGGAAGAUCCUGAUAGAACGCCUGCUAUACAACUGUGCGGACAUCAAUAACAUCUACGUGCUCAUGCGACAGAAGAAGGAUGUCCCCCUCCACACCAGGCUGGAGGAGAUGUUCAGCUUACCCCUGUUCUCCAAGCUGAAGGAGAGCAACCCGGCGGCGCUGGAGAAGGUGGUCCCGGUGCACGGCGACCUGCUGCAGGACCAGCUCGCCAUCGCUGACAAGGACCGGAAACUGCUGGAAGACAACGUGAACAUGGUGUUUCACGUGGCGGCGUCGGUGCAGUUCAAGGCCACGUUCCGCGAGCUGAUGCAGCACAACUACUUCGGCACCAGGAAGGUCAUGGACCUGGCUAAAGGGAUCAAGGACUUGGAGUCGUUCGUGUACUUUUCUACGGCGUACUCGAACAUCGCGCGCAAGUACCUGGACGAGAAGCCCAUCGCAGCGCUGGCCAGCCAGGAGGACAUCGACUACUGUCUCCGCACCGACACCGUCGACCGCCUGCGCAAGAUCAGCAGUGCUCCUGUAUACACAUUCUCUAAGAACUUCACGGAGGUGCUGGUGGAGCAGGAGCGGGGGGACCUGCCCACGAUCAUGAUCAGACCUGCAGCUGUGACGGCGUGCCUACGGGAUCCACUUCCCGGGUGGAUGGACACGUGGAUCGCGCACCCCUCGUUCUUCGUGGAGCACUCCCGGGGGCUGGUGAGCGCCGCCGUGGGGCACCGCGACGUGGUGGCCGACAUCAUCCCCGCCGACUACGUCGCCAACCUCGCCAUCGUCGCAGCCGCGAGGGGCAGGAGGACGAAGGAGAUGCUGAUCUACAACAGCUGCACGGGCACCAUGAACCCCCUCACGUGGAUGGAGGGCUGCGACCUGUUCCGGCAGUACGCACUGCAGGAGGGGAAAUGGGACCUUCCGCCGCGCAAGCUGGUGCAGAGCAGCUCGUACCUGGUGGUCCACCUCCUCACCAUCAUCCGGGACAGGAUCCCUGCGCUGCUGGGAGACCUGUGGCUGCGGUUGAAGGGAGAACAACCCAAAUACCUGAAGCUGCAGAAGCGCGCGCUGUUCAUGCGAGACAACGUGGACGUGCUCAUGGAGACCUCCGUCUUCUUGAAGUGCACCCAGGCCUUCCUCCUGGCGCAGACCCUGGACGACCACGACCGGGAGAGGUUCCCCUUCGACCCCAACACCAUCAAUUGGUCGGAGUACAUGCCCACGCUGUAUAGGAGCAUCUAUAAGUACAUGAUUGAGAAGAAAAAGUGAUGACUUUGAUGCAUGCAGCAUAGCUCACUACGG